AUGAAGCUGGUCUUCCUGUUGCUCUUCGCUUUCCUCGUUGUCACGGCCCCGCUGGGUGUCUUGGCAGCACCGCUGGAUAACGACCUGGCAAUAUCCACUUUAUUGCCAAGCACGUCCUACGAGAAGAAUGGGGGCGCUCGCUUCGCUGCGCAGCAUAAAUUGAAGCAUCCCAGCCGACGGUCGCGGCAUUCGAAACCAAUAGCGACUGCGACGACGCACGUUGACAUCGAAUCUGAGCUCGAUCGCCUCGGUCUCUCCCACCUCGACCUCCAGAACUGGAUAACGAACGAUGACCCUCAAGCAGUCGAGCGACAAUACGCCAAACUGCGCGCGCUCUCCCCCGCCUCGUCCUAUCGUGCCAAAGCGCGCGCCCUCGCCUGCCUCGUGAGCAUGAGCGACCAUCCCCCUCGUAGCCUGGUAUGGGAGUACGAAUGGUCCAUCUUCUACGGCACAUACCUCGACGUCUCAACUCACGACGAGCGCACAAGAGAGCUGGUAGAGUACUACUACGACCGCGUGAGGCGGGUGCGUAUGCACAGCUCCAUUCGCGAGCGUGCUGCUGCCGUCGCGCGCCUCGUCAGCCUCACGGCGAACCCGACACCGGACCUCAUCGCACAACUGGAGGGAGAGGUGCCUAGGGACUUUGCGGCGUACGUCUGCUCGACAAAGGAGUGGAUGCACCGCGCCGCUGAGGUUAUUGCAGGCUGGUUCGAGCCAAUACGACGGGUCUUCAUGCCAAUCAUGAUCUGCUGGAGGACCAUCAGCCCGUACUUCAACAUCGCCAAACGUCACUCGGACGCCCUCGGCGCGUUCUUCGCGCCGUAUUGGGUGUAG